GUACAGUAGUGGGGAAUACUCGAACAAAAUCGAAUUCGUCGAAGUUCGCAGUUAGAAAAUGGUGCUGGUUGUGAAUGUUUAGGGUAAAAGUUUGGUUAAGAAGGUGUGUGGUGUGCAUGUGACAAUGACUGGAACUGUAAUAAACGAGUGAGAUUACGAUUACUUCAAUUGCGGUGACCAAAAAAUGAACGCGAACACAAUUUUACUAAAAAAAACUUAGUGCUUUAAGAAGAUAGUGUUAUAUAAUAAUGCACACACUGUGGCUGACGAGCAGGUUACUGUCUCGAGCUAUCUGGAAUGGCAUUUCCAAUCUGUCGACGGCGGCGGACGCGAACCUACAACGAAAGAAGGACCCCCAAAUCAUAUCCGCCGUCUGUGGAUUUCCUAAGGAGAGAAAAAUACAAAGACUGAUCAAGGGACAGUUCGGGGACGACGCUUGGUUUACGGCCAAGUACAAGACGGCGGACGUUUUGGGGGUUGCAGACGGUGUCGGCGGUUGGCGAGCGUACGGCAUCGAUCCCGGCGAGUUCUCGUUGCAUUUAAUGCAGACAUGUCAAAGGCUAGUCAAUAUGGGCCGAUUUACUCCCACUAACCCUUCCGAACUGCUCGCCAGGAGCUAUUACGAACUGUUACAUCAUAAGAAAGCCAUUCUAGGAAGUAGUACCGCGUGCGUUGUUGUAUUAAAUAAAGAAAAUAGUACGUUAUACACUGCCAAUAUAGGAGAUAGCGGAUUCAUGGUGGUCCGUCGCGGUAAGGUGAUACACAAAUCCGAAGAGCAACAGCACUACUUUAAUACCCCCUUUCAACUCUCCCUACCGCCACCCGGCUACCAAGCGAACGUGCUGUCCGACCAGCCAGACUCGGCGAUCACCAACAACUUCCCAGUCGAAGAUGGUGACGUGAUUCUCGUCGCGACCGACGGCGUCUUCGACAAUCUGCCGCAGAGUCUACUCAUAAAGGAGCUUUGCAAGGUUCAAGGCGAGAGGUGCGCUACCAGACUGCAAACCGUAGCGAAUUCGAUCGCCUGGAUGGCUCGGAAUCUCUCGUUCGAUGAAACGUUCAUCUCGCCGUUUGCUGAAAGCGCCUUCGCUAAUGGUAUUAAUACGAUAGGUGGAAAACCAGAUGAUAUCACGGUUCUACUUGCAACAGUGGCAAUAUGAAUCAAAGCCUUAAACCGAUUGUUCAUAUUAAAUCAUAGAGCGCUAUCGUUUUCAUUUCUGAUUAUGUAACGACCUAUUCUGUUGUAGUCGGAUAAGUGUUGCCGGAUGUAGACGAAACAACACUUUAGUAAGUAAUACUCGACCUUUUAAUUUAAUGCCCCAAGGUGCAUUGCUUAUACGAGCCCGCCUAGGUUAAAGUGGGGGUCGAUGCCUGUGAAAACGAAGUGCAGUAAAUAUCGAGGAAGGCAAUAAUCAUUAAUAUAAACGCAAACAAAAUACGCACUAAAUUGGUGUACUAUUUAUUUAUGAAUCUAAAGUGCAAGAUAUUAACGACAGUGGACUUUGGUUGUGAAAUAGAUUGAUAUUGAUUUUAAUCAAAUGACGCUCAUUUUUUCAAUUUGACUAAUCGCUACGAUUAAAGAUGGACCCCUUCCUAUGUUGACUAUGCUUCAUUCUGAUAUAAAACUGAGAAUGCAACAUAUUUUAAUUUGUACUUACAGUAUUAAGUAAAUUCUGGUUAGUAUCAGAAGUAUCUUAUUCUAUCUAUAUCUGCAGUGGAUCAGCAUCAAUAUUGCUCCACACUCAUCCCAUAUGUAUAUGAGAAUGCUCCCUUUUCUCCUUUUGGAGUAAUUGUACUUACAAAUCUUGUUUUCCGUCAUGAGCGCUCAUAUAUUCAUUGAUCCAUAUUUAUGCGCAACUCAUCUUAGUUUUCUAGUUCUUAAGGUUUUGUUAGAUAGAUUUGUAAAUCGUUCGAAUUUGUGUUUGAUUUGUUUUAUUUAAGUUACUUUGUAAUCUUGCGUUUUGACUAUCUCAGGAUUAGAACUAUCCCAAUAGUGUAGCUAUUAAGGUUCAUUUGCAAAUCUAUCUUUUUCGUGCUGUUUUAGGUUAAAUGAAGUGCUGUGGUUUCGUGUAGGUACGAUUUUUUUUUUGUUCGAUAUUGUUAAUUGUGGCUGUCAGGAUAAGUUAUGGAAAUGUUGUUGUUUCGCCAGUGUAUCUGAAUAAAAUUCUUUUUGUUUGAUUAUUCGUAUACAACCGCGCGAAUAAUGUAGAUAGGGAAUUUAUUUAAUAUUGUGCUGUGCAACUUAGUGAUGAUCAAACCAAAAUGACUACUUCGCAACAUUUAGGAUCUUUUUUUUUGUUAAAGGUUCCUUUGUAUUUUUAACUUGUACAACAGUGAGCAGUUAAUGUAGGUAGUUGUUUAAUAAAGCAAUUGUUAUCGACGA